GUACUGGGGAUUGAACAAGGUAAGAGAAGCCAAAGAAAAUAAAGUAGAUGGAAAGAAGGAGCCAAGCGCUAAUCCAGUGCCCAGGUGCCCACAAACUGCCUACCCAGCGUUGUUCCAGCGCCCACAAUUUGCCCUAACAGCACUGAUCCAACUCAGAAUCAACGCCCCAUCGCCUAGAUUUUGCUUACCCAGCGUAGAUCCAGCACCUAGUCGCGCCCCAUCUGUCCCAACAACUUGCAAAUAG